UGCUUGUUGUCCACAAGAGCUGGAGGUCAGGGUUUGAACUUAACAGGAGCUGAUGCCGUAGUUAUUCAUGACAUGGAUUUUAAUCCACAGAUAGACCGACAGGCUGAAGAUCGCUGCCAUCGAAUUGGCCAAACAAGGCCAGUUACUAUAUACAGGUUGGUUACAAAAGGUACAGUUGACGAGAACGUUUAUGAGAUUGCAAAAAGGAAGUUGAUUCUCGAUGUUGCGGUUCUAGAGUCCAGAAUGGAUGUAGGCGAAGAAGAUGACACAUCCCAGAAAACGAUGGGACAGAUUCUAUCAUCCCUACUUAUGAGCUAUAACAAAGACUAUGUCAUGAACUUUUGGGUUUUUAUACUUGUGCUGAUUCUUUAUAUAUGUUACACCCAUUGUUGUAUCAGUUAUCUUGAUCUAUUUUAGCUAC